CUCUCUGCGGCAACAACACUCCUCUCCUACGCGCUUUAUCCGAUCGUCCGACUGUUGGCGGUGCUAUGGUACAUUCUAGCUUGUCUAUCAAAUCCAUUUAUAUACCUCGCCGGAGUGGUAAUAAAAGUCGCGUCAAUCCCAUGGCGCAUAUUCGCAGCUUUCGAGCCACUCUGGUACUUCCUCGGUAGCGCAGUCUUCAUAGGCCUGUUACUCGCACUAAUCUUACACUUCACCCUCCGCGCCAUUGUCGUUGUCUUCCGCAUUGACAAGCAACCCGCCAUGAAGCCGAUUCCACCUAGAGGUCAUGACGCAAUAUCGUACAGGAAGGCAAGAGAAGAGAAGAGGAGGAGACAGCUUGAGGAACAACAGAGACUGGCGACACAGGCCAGACUGAUUGCCUCACAACCGCUGUUACAAGAAGUCGUGCGGGAAGCCAGAAAAAUGCCAUUGACCACGCCGCCAGGGCCAUUGAGCCCAGUCAGUCCUACCAACACCCUACCAGCACGGCCAGGACUGUUGCAGGAGACGAUUCUGGAACACAGCGAAGAAGACGACGAUGACUCGGUCUUUUAA